CACGAUUUUAGCAGCGGCUAGCAGGAUAUGCCCAACACCCGUGUUCUUUCAUAAUUAUAAACUUAACACCCCCAAAGCUACAACUCGCAUUAGCCGACAAUUAACGAGCGAAACUUGGACCGAUGCCACUUUCAUAGAACACCAAUCACACUGCGUUUACAAACCGACCUAUCAGUAACUACUAAUAAAUCACCAACAAACCUGAUCGUUACGAAGUUCCUUUCUUCGUGUUCUACCUUGUCUUCGUUACGCUGCUAUACAAAUAAAGAGUAAACCUAUGUUUACCUUCGUAUUCCUAUUCAAGUAGUGAACACAAAUGAAAGCGGAAGAAAAAAAGCAACUUGCCGUCUAGGUGGGAACAGCCACCGCGUAAUGCAUGGGAAUAGCCGGAUGCCACCGAGGAGGGCAAAUACCAGACCCAAGCUACACUGCACUGGAAAGCGGAGUUGCUGAGUGCGGUUUACGGCUCUAUCGUCGAGGUGCUGCACUCUAUUCGUUCGCCUGCAGCAACUUGAAUUGACAUCCGAUCUUCACGAAAAAAAAAAAAAUGGUCGUUUCCUAAAACCCACCCAUAUCACAUUCCACCAUCGUUUAGCAUGUUUAAUAUUCAUGUUUCAGCUCAUGUUCAUUCAUGUUUCAGUUCAUAUUUUGAAGUUAACCAUUUCGUUUCCCCUUAUUCAUGCGCCAUGCACUUUUUAUGUUAUCGUGUGCUUUUAAACUAUACCAUAUUUCUUGUCGUUAUUUCCGCAUUGCUUAUAGUCCCCUCUUCUUUACUGCUAUUAUGUGCACAAAUUUGAUUUACCAUGUAUUGUACUUUCUUCUUUUUCAUCUGGUUGCGUAAGCACUGUUGGGAUUUUUUGCCCCCUCCCCUUACACAAUGCCCUACGGGCCUGUAAGGUACUUCAAAUAAAUAAAUAAAUAAAUAAAUAAAUAAAUAAAUAAAUAAAUAAAUAGUACAUUGCUGCGACAUCACACCAGAGAAGGAAAACUGUAUAUAGAGCUCGAGAGAUCGUGAUUUAUAUUCUAGGCCUCUCAGCAAAUUUAUUCACGUAUCAUUAUAGUAUUGCAGAAAGGAACCGCAAAGAGCAUCGGCUUCUAGCAAAAAAAAAAAGAAAGAAAAACGAAUACAGAAAGGUGACGGCAGUACGUUGUUUAUUUAUACACACGUUGGUGAGAUAUAGAAUGACGCCUAUCUUUCGCAGGAGCUGGUUCGAAGGUGCUUUGUUCCGCUGCGUUCUCGCGUGCGCCUGAAUUCACCACUUGAUCUUCCAAGCGGCAGCGCUCUUGGAGGCUGCUAACCUUCGCAGCGGCGGACAUGCACAAAAACCAGCGCAAGUGCGAAAGAAGGCACACCGUGCACGACGCAGCGCUCGUGUCGAGCCUUUUUAUUUUUCUUUCUUUCUUUUUUGUUCUUGGGCCGGUUUCUUUUUUUUUUUUUUUUCGCUUCCGCAACCAUGACCGUAAUCAAACAAGCCCAACUUGCAGGCUUCCAACUUUUUCAAUACUGGGUUGUCUGAUUGGCCGUGCUAGGCGGGCAUUAAACCUAGCUUGCCGUCACGAGCUUGCGCACCGACACGAGGCAGCUAUAGAUACUGCACACACGUGCAACCAGCUGCGCCUGCCACCGGCGUCCGCUCGUAUAGCGGAAACGGCGUCGAUGCCAUGAGGACCACCGUAUUAGGAGCUGGGCGCACGUGCGAACGUUCUCAAGAUGACGCAGAUUUCUCGAGGGAAGCGUGUGCACCGUCUGGCAGAUUCCCCAGGCCCGGCGGCGCCUUUCACGGCACAGCUCUCCGACACCGACAGUGUUCGAGUCCGCCUCGAAGUGCGGGCAGUGCACCUGAACGACACCAGCCCGAACCGCGUAUACGGCGGGACUAGAAAAUGAGUGACCCGACAGCAGCGAAGGAAAUCGCCGAGGUAGCGCCGCCUUCGGAGGCCAGCGAAGGCGUCGGCCAGAUGACAACCUACUCGGUAGCCUUGGUGAUGGCGACCACCGCCCUCGGUGCCGGACUCCUGCAUUUCCCAGCAGUCUACAAUAUCGCAGGAGGCAUCUUCACGGCCACGAUCGUGCAGCUGAUCCUGGUGGUUGCCCUCGGAGGUACUAUUCUGACCUUGGCAUUUUGUGCCGAUGUAAACAACGACCGCACUUACCACAACGUACUGCUCUCUAUGUGUGGAGUGAAAUGGCGCUACGCAUCGGCAGUGUCCGUCCUGUUGACCUGCUAUGGCGUCUGUGUCACGUACCUGAUAGUCAUUGGUGAUCAGUACGACCGCAUAUUCGCCUCGCUUCACGGACCAGACUUCUGCCACACGUGGUACAUGGCCCGCGAGUUCACCAUCACCAUCACAGCUGUCGCCAUCGUGCUGCCUCUGAACAUGCUCCAGCACAUCGAGUUCUUGAAGUGCGCCAGCAGCCUGGGUUUAGUGGCCGUGCUCUACCCUUGCGUCUUGACGUGCAUCGCGUAUUUCACGGAGCCCCGCCCGGACGACUUGCACAUCAAGGCGUGGCCUACAAGCGUAUCUGACGUCCUUCUCAGCACUCCUGUGUUUUGCUUCGCCUACCAGAGCCACGAGGUGGUGAUGUCUGCGUACGCGGCCAUGCGCCAGCGCUCGCUGUGGAACUUGGGUCGGUCGAUCGCCUUCUGCAUGGUCGCCCUCUUCGUCAUCUACUCCACGGUGGGUUGCUUCGGCUACCUGACCUACGGCGCAGCCGUGCGCCCCGAUGUCAUGGAGAUGUUCGACGCCACACGGGCUUGGGUGCUCAUCGGCCUGCUGGCGCUCAUCUUCAAGAUGGCCGUCACCUACCCGCUGCCGGCGCUAUGUGCAAGGGAUGCAAUCGAGGAGCUGUACCUGGAGCUGCGCGGAGGUCCUCCCGAUGACCGGACGCGGACGCACGCCCGCAAGACGAAGCUCAGCCUCGCAUGGUUUGCCAGCACCGUGGGCAUGGCCAUAAUGCCGCUGGACAUCGGUGUGGCCAUCAAGUUCCUUGGAUGCCUGGCCGCGCUGAACGUAUUUGUCUUUCCCGGCGUGUGCCUCGUGGGCUACACCAAGCUGAAAGGUUCCUCGACCACCCACCUGCACUGGCACCUGCUGCUUGGCUCCCUCAUGGUGUUUGCGGGGGCCGUACUCUUCACCGUGGUUCUGCUUCACGUCGUGCUAGUCGAGCUCGUCUCUGGGCAUGUCAACCAGCUCUGCUCCUGACAUCGCGUCGACAUAUUACUCCUCUGCGAUAGCUAUACAUACUGUAAUGAUUUACCGGUGUGUGUUGGGCUGCAAGUUCUCUAUUCAGCAGCCGCUGUGUACCUGAACGUAGAAGACCCAUGUGUGUACCGCAAUAAAUAUGUUCCGUCGUGUCUCGAUGUAUAAACCGCGCUGGGAACAUCACGCGCUCUCGUGUGUUCGUUCUUCGU